GUGGAGCCUGGCUGUUUGAGCUUGUGGAGUCAUCUUCGCCGGUUGGUCCCAGUUCCCCCUCGGCGUUUUCAGGGCCAGUCUACCUCGCCCCUUUGCGCCAUGACCACUACCACCACCUUCAAGGGUGUAGACCCUAACAGCAGGAACAGCUCCCGGGUUUUGCGGCCUCCAGGUGGUGGGUCCAAUUUUUCAUUAGGUUUUGAUGAGCCAACAGAACAGCCCGUGAGGAAGAACAAGAUGGCUUCUAACAUCUUUGGGACACCUGAAGAAAACCCCCCAUCUUGGGCCAAGUCAGCAGGUGGCAGGGAGGAUUCGGAGUCGCCUGGAACACAGAGAAGUAACUCUUCUGAAGCAAGCUCUGGAGAUUUCUUAGACCUCAAGGGAGAAAGUGAUGUGCAUGAAAAUGUGGACACAGACUUCCAAGCCAGCCUGGCACAGGUGGAAGAGAAGCCGGUGCCCGCUGCUCCUGUGCCCAGCCCAGUGGCUCCGGCCCCAGCGCCAUCCAGGAGAAACCCCCCUGGCGGCAAGUCCAGCCUGGUCUUGGGUUAGCUUCUUCUGUUGGAACUCUGUCCUUCUGUCUGUUUGUUUCUUCCAUGCUUGUGAACUGCACAACGUGAGCCUGACUGUACAUCUUUUGGAUUUGUUUCAUUAAAAAAGAAGCACUUUAUGUACUGCUGUCUUUUUUCCCCCCUUUCUCUCUUCCUCUCUUGUGUCUGUCUGACUCCUAGGUCUGUGGGCCGCGGCAUGAGUGUGUUUUAGUAGUAGACCGGAGUAGUAGCCUGUUCUUAAGAACAGAUGAUCUGGUUCCUGAUGUGUAGAGACUUGUGUACCAGGGAUUUUGACGCUGUACUUGGCUUACUGUGGGGCAGACAGCAGCCACAGGCCCUGCCCUGCAGCCCCUGCUCCCAGCUGUCCCCAGGGCAGCGCUCUGCUCUCCUUGCUGUUGCCCCACCAUACAUCGGUGUCCUUUGCACAGUGCAUGGUCCUGUGCCAUAUGGAAUGAUCAAAGUGGCCAUACCUCACAUCCCACUGCCUGCAAAGCAGAGGAAGCCAAUGGCCACUGUGACUGGCCGGCCGUGGGCAGAGCCACCAGUGCAGAGGAUGGCUUCAGGUAUACAAGCAAGCUGCCUGGAAUUGCAAGGUGAAGCCACAAGGGAGGCCGUCCCCGAGUGGGGCUGUAGGGCCCACAGGGACUCCUAAUGAAAGAAGUCUGCCAUGUGCAUGACGCUGGAAGAACUCUGCCAUGUGCAUGACGCUGGUGCUUGACCAUGAAGAAAGUCGCAUCCCUGUACUUCUUAGUCCUGGACUGUUGCUUAAAGUAAACAAUACCCAACUUUUGAA